CCUCAAAACAACUAUUUGUGUUGAGGUUACGAGUUACUUUGGAAUUUUGGUUAAAAUAGUAUAAUAUAUUUAGGAUUAUAGUAUUAUAAAUAUAUAUUAAACCGACACAAUGCUGUCGCGUUCAAUUAAAGCAUCUUUGGGUUUCCUUCGACCAGACGGCAUUCAACUCACUGCUGUUGCUGGAAUAAAAUACUUUCCUCCUCCUAAAAAUUAUGACCAUAUCGAAAUACCCGACCGUCAGAGGCUGCGUAUCGUCGACAAGGUCCCACAGUAUCCUCCCAAUCUCAAGCCACCAAAGAUGCAGAAGAGACUCAGAUACAUGCGUGGUCCGGAGACCUUACACAACACUUUACAAUUGAAACAAUAUGGUGUGGUGGCUACAGGUGGAGGUAGGAUGAGGUAUGAGCACUUUGAAAUGGCCCGUUUGGUGGUAGCCAGGAGACUAGACCAGAAGAGGAUGUUUGCUAUCUGGCGCAUUGACCCACCAUGGCAGCCCAUCACAAAGAAGGGUCAGGGCCAACGUAUGGGUGGUGGUAAAGGAGCUAUUGAUCAUUAUGUCACACCUAUUAAAGCUGGCAGAAUUAUUCUGGAAGUGGGUGGCAAAUGUGAAUAUGAAGAGGUCAAAACAAUGUUGAGGAUAGUAGCUGAGAGACUGCCCUUCCAAGCUGAACCUGUCUCCCAGGAAAUUAUGGAGAAGAAGGCUGCAGAGGAGAAGUGGAAAGAAGAGAACAAUAAGAACCCCUACUCAAUGAAGUACAUUAUCCAGAAUAACAUGGGCGGCUGCCAUAAAAUGCUGUCACCAUUUGACCAUAAGUGGUAUGGAAAAUAUUUAUAAAUUAUGUAUUUUAUGUUAGUCAAUUUGAAUAAAUUAUGUAGUUUCUAAGUUA